AUGCCAAUCCGCCUACCGCCGCUCGUGCCGCCCCCAGCACCACUAGAUGCGCACUCUAGCUCGAUGAACGCAUCUCCCGCUUCUCCCGCUUCUCCUGCCAAGACGACGCUCGAGCUGGUCACGAGGCCCAAGAAGCCGCCUGUUAAGCAGCGCGUGACGCUCGACGACGUGGAGCGCCGAAUCGUGGAGCUAACGCCCGAUCUGCCGACAGACACGAAGCGCCGCAUGGCCAAGGCCGAGUUCAAGCGGCUCAAACACUGCGAAAUAGUGCGCCAGUCGCGUAUGCGGAAGAAGAAUGAGCGCAAAGGCCUGCGCCAAGUGAACGACGAGCUCGAGAAGGAACUCAACAGCAUGUUGGCAACCUACAGGAAAGAGCACGACUGGAUGCAGCUCGAUGAGCGCAGUCUACGAGACGUUCUGUUCAAGAAGUUCGUGCACUCCAUCUACGAAGUGCGUGGACUCCGGAGAGAGAACUCGGAGCUCAAAGACCAGUUCCUCAUCUACGAUGCACUGGGCGAGCAGUUACAGCGACUUCAGGGCGAUUUCCAGAUCCCCAGACAGCUCGGCACACGGACGUCCAUCGGCACGAUCCACUUCCAGGAGCUGACGGUUGCAGAAGCCAGAGAUAUUAUGAUCGACUCCCACAGACAUGCAACAUCUUUCUUUGAGACUAUGAAGAAAGUCGAGACUGGAGAGGAGGAGAAGACCAUGGGGUGGACUCAACACCAGCGUAUCACGUCAGACGGACGAGUACAGUUUAACUUCACAAAGAGAAUCGACACGAUCGGUACGGAGGAAUUGGUGCACAAGAGCUGGGAAAUGUAUUGCGACUUCGGACUCUAUCACGGCAUCUACUCGUCGGUGCAGAAGCUCGAGAUCUUGCAGAAAAUCAAUGACAACACGCUCUUAAUUCGACGAGAUCUACAGGAGGGAAGCUCAGCACCGAUCUUCCGCACAGUCUUCCUGUUAUUUCGUAUCCGAUUGCCAAAUGGCUACCUCAUUUGCUUCCGGUCUCACAACCCUGCAGUGUGCGUCGAGGAUGAUGAUGACCCGAAUGUGCAGUGGAUGGAGAUGUUUUACUGGCUCAUGAUCACGGACCCACCAGUUGAGGAGACAGAUCACGGGAUUGUCGGUCCACCGCGACCACCUCUACGGGGCUGCGACGUAACUUUUGGUGGCAAUCUGCUCAACAGUCGAAGCGCCAAACAUGCCACGAUUUGGAAGUACCAGAUCGCUAUGGCGCUGUUGAGAUGGGAGAGCAACGCUGCAGCGCCACUAUUCGCGCUGUUUGGCUAG